UGUGGAAUAGUGAGAGAGAUCAAAAAUAAACCUCUUAUGUCAAAGCAGGGGGAAGAAAGUAUAAAUACAGAGAUCUCUGCUGCCGGCUUUGGUGCUUCAAAGUCUUUGGAAGGAGUUACCCAGGGAGAGGGAGAGAGAAAGAGAGAGAGAGAGAGCUUCCUAGGAAGAAACUCUCAGAGAGAAGAAGGGCAAGGAAAGGGAGAGAGACAGAUAUGAGAAUCCCCCCAUCGCCUUUCAGCUCAACGCGCUUUUCCAAGUAGACAACUCGUCUUCUUUUAUUUUUUGGCUGGGGCUGUUAGAAUUUCACGUCACCCUGACAUCUUCCUUGGACCAGUGGAGAUCGGGUACCAGAAGAAAGUCCAGAGCCAGUCUCUCGGUAGAAGGAUCUUCUCCAACUCUCCCUGCACGCCGGGCAAACCGCUGCUAAACUUGGCAAAAUAAAGCUCCACUCUCUCUCUCUCUUCCUUUCUCAUCCGGCUUUGUUCUCUUCCCUGUCAAAUUGCAUCUAGCCUUUGGAAGCGUGGUUGUAUCUUCCCUUCGCCCCGUCCCCCAAGCCUUCAUUUUGCACAUUUCUCCUAAAGCAGCUGGGAGUUUGCAUCUCCCGCUGUGCCUGCUGCUCUCUUUCUCUCUCGCUCCCUCAGCUAUUUGCUGUUCUCAGCUGCUGGCAGCAAUGCCCCUUCCUCUUCAUCAACAGCCUUCCUCUGGCGGGCUGGCACCUGCUGUCCCCUCCGUCCCCUUGCUGGGGCUCUUGAUGCUUCUUCACAAUGCCUGGGCACUGCCUGUCCAGAGCGGUGACUUCCAGGAGGUGGUGCCAGUCUGGACCGCAUCUCCUCUGGAGGGAGAAGGGCACGUCUCUUUCUCCGUCGCUGCCUUCGGGAAGGAGUUUGCACUGCAGCUGGUCCCUGAUGCCAGCUUUUUAGCGCCUCGCCUGAAGAUCCAGCAUGUGGGAAGGAAAGAGCCUGCCAGGUCCCUUGCAGAGGAGGAUGCGGGGACGGUGCGGAGGUGCUUCUACUCAGGGACUGUGAACUGGCAGCCGGACUCUCUGGUGGCCCUCAGCCUGUGCCAGGGCAUCCAUGGCUCCUUCUUGGUAGAUGGCGACAAAUACUUGAUCCAGCCCCAAGGGGACCCCAGUGGAGAUCCUCUGCUGCAGGUCCACCAGCUGCAGAAGCAGGGAUGGUUAAAGGAGGGAGCAGGUGACAUUCCAACAAGGGAGGCCCAGGAAGACAACGCCACCACCAGAAGUAGAGCCAAGCGGUUCACGUCAGAGGCUCGCUAUGUGGAGACCCUGCUGGUAGCCGAUGCAUCCAUGGUCCAGUUCUAUGGGGAUGAGCUAAAGAAUCAUAUUCUCACUCUGAUGUCAGUGGCUGCUCAGAUCUACAAACACCCCAGCCUUAAGAACUCCAUCAGUUUGGUUGUGGUGAAGGUGUUGGUGGUAGAAGACACUAGGGAAGGCUGGAUCCAGAGGGUCUCCGGGACAAAUGGAGGGCUCCAAGUAAGCCUGAAUUUCUGCAACUGGUGCAGUGCAAUCGCUUCAACUCCUCUCUGGCAAGUGACUGCUCACCCAGAGCAUUACUCUUUCUUCACCCUUCUUGCUCUCCUUACUUAACAGGACUUCUGUGGACACCAGAGCUGCAGUACUCUCGGAGUGGCUGAGACAGGCACCAUGUGUGAUCGAAACAAAAGCCAUGUCUUGAAAGAGAAGAAUCCGCUAACCUCCACUUUUUCCUCUUCUUCCAUUUCAGGGCAUGUCCUCAGCAUGCCCCAUGAUGACUCCAAGACUUGUGAGAGGCUCUUUGGCAACUUAGGGAAGCAUCACAUGAUGGCCCCUCUCUUUAUCCAUUUAAACAAGACUCUGCCCUGGUCUCCUUGCAGUGCCAUGUACAUCACGGAGUUUCUGGACGGCGGGCAUGGUGAUUGUCUGCUAGAUGAACCUGCCAAACCCAUCGCCCUCCCCACAGACCUUCCCGGCCAAGCACCCUUGUACAACCUGGAUCAUCAGUGCCAGCAGAUCUUUGGCAAGGAGUUCCGACACUGCCCAAACACCACUCAUGAGGACAUCUGCUUGCAACUCUGGUGCAAGCUAGAGACUGGGGAGCGCCUUUGCCACACCAAAAAUGGCAGCUUGCCCUGGGCAGAUGGGACACCCUGCGGAGCAGGCAAGAUGUGUUUGGAUGGCCGCUGCAUGGCACAAGACACGGUGACACGCCAGCCUGCAGAGGAUGGAAACUGGGGUUCCUGGGGCCCAUGGGGGCCGUGUUCCAGAACCUGUGAUGGAGGAGUGCAUUUCUCCUACAGAGAUUGUAACAACCCUAUGCCUAAGAAUGGAGGAAAAUACUGUGAGGGUCAAAGGAUCAAAUAUCAGUCUUGCCGCACUGAGGAAUGCCCAUCUAACGGCAAGAGUUUUCGAGAGGAGCAGUGCGAGAAGUACAACAGCAACCGCACGGAGCUGAAUGGGAACAGGCAGGAGUGGGUCCCCAUGUACUCAGGGGUGUCACCUCGUGAUCGUUGCAAACUGUUUUGCCGGGCUAAAAGGGGGAACGAAUUCAAAGUGUUUGAGACAAAAGUGAUAGAUGGGACACUCUGUGGCCCUGAGACUUUCUCUGUUUGCGUACAUGGCCAGUGCAUCAAAGCGGGCUGUGACCACAUCAUUGAGUCACCCAAGAAGUUAGACAAGUGUGGAGUGUGUGGCGGCGACAGCUCGACUUGCCGGAAAAUAUCUGGCUCGCUUAACAAAUCCAAGUUUGGGUAUAACGACAUUGUUACAAUCCCCACUGGAGCAACUAAUAUUGAUAUCAAGCAGCGGAGCCACCGUGGGGUGAGACACGACAGCAACUAUUUGGCUUUGAAGACUCUGGAUGGCAAAUACCUCCUGAAUGGAGAUGAAGCCUUUUCAGCUAUGGAGAAAGACAUUUUGGUGAAGGGCGUCAUUCUAAAGUACAGCGGCUACCUGACCUCCGUGGAACGUCUCCAGAGUUUCCGGCAGCUCCCGGUACCCCUUGUCCUCCAACUGUUGACAGUUCCCAGUGAGAUGUUCCCUCCCAAAGUGAAGUACACCUUCUUUAUCCCUAAGGAUGUCCACUUCAACAAGCAGAAGAACAAGGAGAAGAGCACAUCCAAUGUGAUUAAACCCAUGCUCACUUCGCAGUGGGUCCUGGGUGACUGGUCUGAGUGCUCGAAGUCCUGUGGCUCCGGCUGGCAGAGACGGACAGUGGAAUGCCUAGAUGUGGAGGGGCAGGCCUCGUUGACCUGUGACAAGGCCCUCAAGCCUGAAGAUAUCAAGCCCUGCAGCGACCUCCCGUGCCCCAUCUGGCAACUGGGUUCUUGGUCCCCCUGUUCCCGAACAUGUGGAGAGGGUGUGCGGACCCGGAACGCCUUGUGCAUUGACUACGCAGGGAAAAUCACUGCCUCGGAGAAAUGCGGGUCCCCGCGGCCGCUAUCAGUAACUACCAUUUGCACACUGCGACAAGAGUGCUGAGGCACCGCAUGGGCCGAGGCGAGAUCUGAGGCAUGUAUGACAUAGGCUAACUACUAACCGAACUUGAACCGAGCUUGGUGUUGCCGAGCAAGGAUGUAGGUCAAAGGUAAAAGUGCACUAAUAGACCUGAACAGGACCCCGUUGGGUAGACCUGUUUGAAAGGGUAGUGGGCAUCACAUAACGACUCAUUUUCUGCUUUGUCUUCCUCCAAGUAGACAUCUACCUCAGUGCGGGGCAGGGGGGGAAGCAUGGGAUUUUAGACAUUUUUAAAAUAUAUAUUUUUGCAGGCUUAUAUUGAACAUCUAAGCAGAAAUAGAAAUGUGUUCUAGGCUAUUCCCAAAGAUCACCUUUUUGGGUCUCAUUGGAGGGACAUCAUCUAAGAAAACCCAUUACUCUUCAGAUACAAAGAUACCCUUUCUGAAUGUUACCAUUUUGCAUCUCCCGUUGCCACGAAAGUGGUGAUCCUCCAUGGACCUAUAAGCUUGACUUGGUAUUGGACAGUAACCUUUCUAGAUGACUUAGUGCAAGUUGUUUAACCCUAGUCUGGCCACAGUUCUUCAUGUGACUCGGGUCAGUAGGAUUCCUUCCAAAUAACUGAUUUUGCAAAUCUUGCUGCUGCACUUUAAAGCUGCGGCCAAACAAGACUCCUGAUGCAAACCUGUUCCGCAAGCUUUUGUGAGGAUUAGAGGAAGGCUUAGACAAUGCUUCAAAGGUAAAUGUGAGAACCGUCUCUCUUGAGAGGGGGUUCAUUAAGCUGUGGGCUGCAGUUUGGCUGGUGGAGAGACUUUGAUCAAAGUUUUCAAGCUAAUUGAUCGGGCACUUUUCUUCUUCGUUAAAGCAGCAUGUCCUGGGAAACAGCAUCUUCAUGUUUGCCAGUUCAGUCCCCCAAACUUUGGAGGAUACAGAAUGGGGUGUGAUCUGUCCCUCUAUUUGUUGCUUUGUAAUGGCUGCCAUUUUGGGAAGUGUAGAAUAUUCUUUUUCUAAAAAAAAAAAAAGUGUAUGUAUA